GAUUGGAAGAGGAGGCUGUUUGUCUCGCUGGCUCACGCGUUGCCGUGCGUGGUGCUAUUGACGGAGGGGGGGGGUAGGAGCGUCGGGAGUGAGCGGCCGCCGGGGAUUGGCUGAGCGAGGCUGGAGGGGGCGUGACCCGACGGCGCCCGCCCGCCGCCUGCCUGGGGAAGGAGCCAAACCAAGAUGGCGGCGCCUGAGGCGGCCGGACCGGGGCUGACCACCGCGGGCUGAAGCAGCGCCCGAGCCAGAGCAUGAUGUCGGGGCCGGACGAGCGGGAGCCCGGCAGCGGGGUGGUGGCGGCGGCCGGCGUGGCGGCAGCCGCGGGGCCGCUGGUGCUGGGGGACGCGGUGGCAGCCGCGGUGGGCCCGGGCCCUGAGGAGCCGGGGGCCCCGCUCGGGGGCGGCGGGGCGGGCGGGGGGGGCGGCGGCGGCGGCGGCGGCGGCCGGCAGGGCCAGCCCGAGCCCGGCGGUGACCGAGACUCCGACGGGCCGCCUAAGAAGCGGCUCAAGCUGCCCGGCGGGGCCGAGGGCGGCGCGAGCGGCGGCGGCGGCGUGAAGCUGGAGGAGCGGCUCUACUCGGUGCUGUGCUGCACGGUGUGCCUCGACCUGCCCAAGGCCUCCGUCUACCAGUGUACAAAUGGUCACUUGAUGUGUGCGGGAUGUUUCAUCCACCUGCUGGCCGAUGCCCGGCUGAAGGAGGAGCAGGCUACCUGUCCCAACUGCCGCUGCGAGAUCAGCAAGAGCCUUUGCUGCCGAAACCUGGCGGUGGAAAAAGCCGUGAGCGAACUACCCUCAGAGUGUGGCUUCUGCAUGAGGCAGUUCCCUCGUUCUCUUCUGGAGAGGCACCAGAAAGAAGAAUGUCAGGACAGGGUGACUCAGUGCAAGUACAAGCGGAUUGGGUGCCCGUGGCAGGGCCCUUACCACGAACUCACCGUCCACGAAGCGGAGUGCACCCACCCCACCAAGACAGGGAACGAGCUAAUGGAGAUCCUGGAUGAAAUGGACCAAACGCAUAAAAGGGAAAUGCAGCUCUACAACAGCAUCUUCGGCCUGCUCAGCUUCGAGAAGAUCGGUUACACAGAAGUCCAGUUUCGUCCGUACCGGACCGACGACUUCAUCACUCGCCUUUACUACGAGACGCCCAGGUUUACCGUGCUGAACCAGACGUGGGUCUUGAAGGCCCGGGUGAACGACUCGGAGCGCAACCCCAACCUGUCGUGUAAGCGCACCCUCUCUUUCCAGCUCAUCCUGAAGAGCAAAGUCAGCGCGCCCAUGGAGUGCUCCUUCCUGCUGCUCAAGGGACCCUACGACGAUGUGAAGAUCAACCCUGUCAUCUAUCACUUCGCCUUCUCCAACGAGAACAACGAGACGGAGUACAUGCCGCUCCCCAUCAUAGACUCUGUGGAGUGUAACAAACUCCUGGCCGCCAAGAACAUCAACCUGCGUCUGUUUAUAUUCCAGAUACAGAAGUAAGCAUGUUAAGCUAACCUGGGAGAGUGACCGAGAGAGAGAGAGAGAGAGAGAGAGAGAGAGAGAGAGAGAGAGAGAAAGAGAGAGGAAAGGGGAGGCAGAGAGCACUCACCACUGAACCAGAGUUACCUCGUACGGCUGCCUCGGCCGCGUUCCACUUCCACGAUUAUCCGAUUAUUUUGACACAAAGAGGACGUUUUUGCAUGUGGGGCAGGUGAACCGUAGUCGCUGCCUUCUUUGACGCUCCCCGUUUGUGCCCCCUCUCCCCCCCCCCCCAAAAAGGCAACCGGGGAGUUAGCUUGAUGCAGGGUACAUAGGAGGCCUGGGGGGGGCGUGUCUCAAGGGGCUCUACUAGUCAAUACAUUGUGAAAAGGCCA